UCCAUCCAAGGAGCUUCCAUCCCUCUGGCCUGCAAUGAUCAGUUAAGUGUGCAGCGAUGCCAUGAAAUACGCUCGAUCAUUCUUACUACUGAAUCUACAUGGAGAACCAAGUUCCUGCCAAAAGAGGCAAACAUAGUGCGAUAACCUGCCAAAGGAAAUCAUAUCUGACCCUUAUAAGGCGUAUGGUUAGGCACAGAGGUAUAAAGACAGCGGGUACAAUUGCGUUUAACGAUGUUGUUCAUGAGUUAUCAGAGCAUCUCGGUAUUUCGAUUUGGACACCAGCUUACGGAGAGCUCACGAAUGAUGUCCGAAAACAUGUUACUAAUCAGAAGUAUACUACGAAGAGAAAGGGAGGAAGAACCAAAAGACCGUUGUCGGAGGAGCACCUGCCCAGGGAUUCAUAUCCUAGGAAUUAUCAUCAUGAUCAUGGAGCUUCAAACAGAAACUCAACCCAAACUUCACCAACAUGGGACGGAUCAAUGAAUCAAUCUACUCGAGCUCCCUUCACGUCGGCCUCCCCUUGCUCCCCCUCGUCAUUCACCAGGUCUGGCGAUCACUUCACAUACAACCCUAUAUCUUCUAACCUCGCCAAACCACGCAAUCCCUCCACAACCUCAUCACCGGUUAGGUCCAGAUUCGUCCCACAUCGCAACCCCUACACAUCCGUCUCAUCAUCCCCUACAUUUACCUAUGCCCCACCAUUCGCACGCACUCCUUCCACACCCACCACAGCACGCAGUUCAUUCACCAAUACGUCAUCACGCACUUCACCCACACCCGCCGCAACACGCAGUUCAUAUACGCAUACAUCACCACGCACACGCACUCCUUCCACACCCGUUCUAUCUACCAGUAUAUUCACCCAUACCUCACCGCGCUCACGCAUUACAUCCACACCCGCCGCAAAGCGCAAAACAUUCACGCAUACUUCACCACUCACACUCACUCCUUCCACAUUCGCGACAUCACGCAGUACACUCACCCAUACCCCCGCCCAUACCUCACCACGCACACGCACUCCUUCCAUAUCACGCAGUACACUCAUCCAUACCUCACCACGCAUUCCUUCCACACCCAGUACAUCACGCAGUACACUCACCCAUACCUUACCACGCACUCCUUCCACACCCGGUACAUCACGCAAUACACUCACCCAUACCUCACCACGCACUCCUUCCACACCCGGUACAUCACGCAGUACACUCAUCCAUACCUCACCACGCAUUCCUUCCACACCCGGCACAUCACGCAAUACACUCACCCAUACCUCACCACGCACUCCUUCCACACCCGGUACAUCACGCAGUACACUCACCCAUACCUCACCACGCAUUCCUUCCACACCCGGUACAUCACGCAGUACACUCACCUAUACCUCACCACGCAUUCCUUCCACACCCGUUCUAUCUACCAGUAUAUUCAACCAUACCUCAUACGCACACGCACUCCUUCCACACCCGCCAUAUCACCAACUACACCACAAAUGA